CGUUAAAAAGGUAGCUAAAGAAGUGCAGAGACUACUUUGCUGUAUUAUUGUCUUAUUCCAACAAGUCACCUCUCUCGUUAACAAUGGUUUGGCAACACGGUGACCACCACGAUAUUCCGCGUCAGUGGCGUGUCCACAAGCCGGGCGCAUGGCUACCAGCUGAUCAUCGUGUCCAUCGCGAGUAUCUUCGUCGUGUGACAGAGCAUGUCGAUAAACACCCCGACGAAAAGCUGACUCCAGCGCUGCAAGAGUUCAAAGAGUUGAUAGAGGGGAACUCAAGAGUAUAUAUGUACUUUAACCAAAUGUUUGAGGAAAUACCAAACAAAAGGCCAUACUGGCGCGACCCAACCGGUACUAAGCAGAUCCGCGACUACCGCCAUAUGCUUCAGGUCCUCAAUCACAUUGUCUCGAGGGCUCCAGAAUGGACAGAUGCAGCUGAAAGUGCUGGCGUGGUGGGUGUGCCCUUCUGUGCAAUCCUUGAUUAUCCCAUGGGUACGCCAAGUGGCCACGCCGCAUUCCUAGACCCCGACGUGAAUAAAGCGAUCAAAAAAGUCUUAAACGAGUGGGGGAAAUUCUUAGAGACUCCAAAAUCAGCAGAGGUUUUAGGAGAACACAAGCAAGGCUGGUUCGGCGAAACAGGCCGUAACGAUGUUAUGCAGGUUGCCAAUGCCCCAUACAAGUCAUCUCUGAAGUUUGAAGAAAUGUUUAUAUGUGAUCCAUCCGCCAAAUAUCACGGCUACAAGUCCUGGGAUGACUUCUUCACUCGUAAGGUUCAUGAUAAGGCAAGGCCAGUUGCCUGUCCAGACGACGAUAAUGUCAUUGCCAAUGCGUGUGAAUCCAAGGUGUUCAACAUUCAGCGGGGUGCUCAAUUGCGGGAUCGGUUUUUCGCCAAAGGCCAGCCCUACUCGGUACUUGAUAUGCUAGCUCACGAUCCACUGGCUCAGCAUUUUGCCGGUGCGACAGUUUACCAGGCGUUUCUAUCGGCUCUGUCUUACCACCGUUGGCAUUCCCCAGUUUCAGGAACUAUUCGACGCGCUUUUGUCCAGGAUGGCACGUACUUUAGCGAGCCUCUCUUUGAAGGUGUGGGCGAUCCCACGGUUCAUGAAAUUGAUACUGGUGGCAUUUCGGUUGGUCAAGGCUACCUCUCCGCGCUAGCAACUCGAGGCAUCAUCUUCAUUGAGGCAGAUAAUCCUGCAAUCGGUUUGAUGGCGUUUAUUGCUAUUGGCAUGGAUGAAGUUAGCUCCGUCGACAUCACUGUAAAAGAAGGGCAACAUGUCGAAAAGGGUGAACAAACGGGCAUGUUUCAUUUUGGUGGAUCAACACAUUGUCUGCUAUUUCGUAAGGGAGUUCAGCUGUCGGAUUUUCCCGAAGUCGGGAGACAGGAAAAUAUCCCCGUUCGCGGUAAACUCGCUGUUGUCACGCCCUGAAAGUCGCGUAAUUAGUGUAUGAGUUCACUAUUGUUCUACGACGGACAUAUUGUUCUACAGGGAAUAAUUAUAAGACCCCAUUGGAAAAG